CAGGGAGCUGGGGCCCCGCCACCGCCGUCCUCAUGGCCCCGCUGCUCCUGGGGCUCCUGGUGCUCCUGGGAAUCUGGGUGCUGCUCCGCGCCCGCACCCGCGCCCCAGGCCCGCGCUGGCCCCCGGGGCCUCGCCCGCUGCCGCUGGUGGGGAACCUGCACCUGCUGUGGGCGGCCCGGCAGGAGCACGCGCUGAUGGAGCUCGCGGAACAGUACGGGCCCGUGUUCACUGUCCACUUGGGAGGCCAGAAGACGGUGGUUCUGGCCGGCUACGAGGCGGUGAGGGCGGCCCUGGUGGGCACGGGGCGGCAGCUGGCCGACCGGCCCCCCAUCGCCAUCUUCCAGCUCAUCCAGGGCGGCAGGGGCGUCUUCUUCUCCUCGGGGGAGCCCUGGAAGGCGGCCCGCCAGCUCACCGUGCGCGCCCUGCACGGCCUGGGCGUGGGGAGGGCGCCUGUGGCCGGCAAGAUCCUGCAGGAGCUGAGCUGCCUGCUGGGGCGGCUGCACCAGUACGGAGGCCGGCCCUUCCCCCUGGCCCUGCUCGGCUGGGCCCCCUCCAACGCCACCUUCGCGCUGCUCUUCGGCCAGCGGUUUGACUACCAGGACCCCGUGUUUGUGUCCCUGCUGGGCCUCAUCGACGAGGUCAUGGUCCUCCUGGGGACCCCCCGGCUGCAGCUGUUCAACAUGUACCCCUGGCUCGGGGCCCUCCUCCAGCUGCACCGGCCGGUCCUGAGGAAGAUCGAGGAGGUGCGCGCCAUCCUGAGGGCCCUGCUGGCGGCGCGCCGGGGGUCCUGGCCCGGGGGAGGCCCCGUGCGCAGCUACGUGGACGCCCUGAUCCAGAGAGGCCAGGGGAGAGACCCCGAUGGCUUGUUUGCCGAGGACAACGUGGUGGCCUGUGUCCUGGACAUGGUCAUGGCCGGCACGGAGACCACCUCCGCCACGCUGCAGUGGGCUGCCCUCCUCAUGGGCAGGCACCCGAGCGUGCAGGGCCGAGUGCAGGAGGAGCUGGACCGCGUCCUGGGGCCCAGGCGGCCACCCCGGCCGGAGGACCAGCGGUCGCUGCCCUACACCAACGCCGUGCUGCAUGAGGUGCAGCGGUUCAUCACUCUCCUGCCCCACGUGCCCCGCUGCACGGCGGCCGACACCCAGCUGCGCGGCUACCUGCUGCCCAAGGGCACCCCCGUGGUCCCCCUGCUGAACUCCGUGCUCCUGGACAAGACGCAGUGGGAGACCCCCCGCCAGUUCAACCCGGGGCACUUCCUGGACGCCCAUGGGCGCUUCGUGAAACGGGAGGCUUUCCUGCCUUUCUCCGCAGGCCGCCGGAUCUGCGUGGGGGAGAGCCUGGCCAGGACAGAGCUGUUCCUGCUCUUCGCGGGGCUGCUGCAGAGCUUCCGCCUGCGGCCCCCGCCCGGCCUCCGCCCCGAGGACCUGGACACCGAGCCCGCCCCAGCCUUCACCAUGCGGCCGCCUGCCCAGACCCUGUGUGCGGUGCCCAGGCUCCAGGGGCGCUGAUGGAGGGUCUGCCCUGUGCUUCGGACAGACCCCCAGGGCCCGGGAGGGUGUGGGUUGCGGCCCCUCCCCUCACCGCAGCCCCCCCCGCCCCCCCGCGCGCAGCAG